UUGUCCGUUUAACCAGAGGUGACGAUGACUUCAUUUCUCUUCCUCUAUCUAUCCUCUCCACCACUUCACUUCUCUCUGUUUCUCUCAAUUUUAAUAUGGAGCUAUGCUUCUCUGCAAAAUCCCAUUCCUUAACCCCAGUCUCUGGAGCUCAAAUCUCUACUAAAUCGUCUAUUCGUAAAGAAUUCCUUGGUUGCUCUCACAAUCUCAGGCCUCCUGGUGGACCUAUUCGGGGAAGCAAAUGCAGUAAGCUUAGGAUUCGUCGAACCCAAUCUCAAAGUUUCUUAAUCAACGCGUCUUUUGGUUCUGAUUCUGUUCUUGUUGUGGUUGCUGUUUCUACUCUCUCUGCUCUCUCUUUUGCUUACCUGAAUCAGCACUUAACUAACCGUAACAGCUACAAGAAGAGUUCUAAAGAGGAUUUGGGUUCCCCUAGUGUUGGACUAUCUCACUUACGCAGAAAUAUUGUGAACAUUGUUGGAAGACCGUUUUUGGAUGUUGGGGAUUCUCACAGGGGGACCCUUGCAGCACAAAGCAAGGAUUUGGCUGGGAGUAACAAAGAAAAUGGCUAUGCCAUUGAAGGGAAAGAGACCCAUGUUCAAGUUCUCGAGGAUACUGUGACAAGUUACAGUUCUCUUCUAGUUCAAACAACAGAAUCUUCCAAUGCUGAUUUUUCAGUUUCUAGUGGUUCUACUUAUGUGGUUCCAAAAGAGCCUGAACCUCCACUUUCUUCAAUUCCUGAAUCAGGAAGUAUCAAACCACUUGUGUUUGCUAGAGGAAUGUCCAAGUUGACAUUACAAAAAAGCAAUAAUGAGAUUGACGGUGAUUCUGCAUUUCCUCAAGUAAUGACGGAGCAAUCUGAUACUACUUCGCCUUCUGUAUAUUCUCAAGCUGGCAAAAAUGUUGACCUUACCAGCUAUUAUGGUAUCUCUGAAGAAUCAGAUAGAGAGGAUCUUUACACAUUUUAUGAGGAAAACAAAUCUGUUGUGAAAUCACCAUUAAACUUGAAUGGUUCAAGAACAGUAUGUUCUCGUGCCUCCUCUCCCAUUGGCAAUAGCUUUUCUUCCUUGAAGGUGAAUGCCAUAGUAAAAGAGGUCGAAUUGUCACUGCAGCACUCCCCCCAGAUUGCAGAGUCCGUUGAAAGAAAAGUACGUCUAGCACCAUAUGAAAGAGUUUCUUCCCGCAAAAAUGAAAAUACAGGAAGGAGAGGAUUUCCAAGAGACAAGGAAAAAGGACAUCUGAUUCAAGAUAACCAUAAAAAACUACCUGAUUUUCCCUACCCAAAUGUCAUACAUGCUACCGACAAAGACCAUCCUCCAGAGCAAGUCCAUGCUUACAAUCGUUUGCUAAGAGAUGGAAGGUUAGCAGAGUGUGUAGAUUUGCUGGAAGAUAUGGAAAGAAGAGGCUUAUUAGAUAUGAGCAAGAUUUAUCAUGCCAAGUUUUUCAAGAUCUGCAAGAUUCAAAAGGCUGUUAAGGAAGCUUUUCGCUUCUGCAAGUUGGUUCCUAACCCAACCUUGAGUACCUUUAACAUGCUCAUGUCUGUGUGUGCAAGCUCACAAGACUCAAAGGGAGCUUUUGAAGUUCUACAACUUGCUCAGGGAGCUGGAUUGAAAGCUGAUUGUAGACUUUACACUACUCUAAUAUCAACCUGUGCUAAAAGUGGAAAAGUUGAUGCAAUGUUUGAAGUGUUUCAUGAGAUGGUUAAUGCUGGAGUUGAACCAAAUGUUCAUACAUAUGGAACACUAAUUGAUGGCUGUGGCAGAGCAGGACAAAUGGCUAAGGCAUUUGGUGCUUAUGGGAUAAUGAGAUCCAAGAAAGUGAAGCCAGACCGAGUUGUCUUCAAUGCACUUAUCACUGCAUGUGGUCAAUCGGGAGCUGUGGAUCGUGCCUUUGAUGUGUUAGCAGAAAUGAGGGCUGAGACACAGCCUAUUGAUCCUGAUCACAUUACUGUUGGUGCAUUAAUAAAUGCAUGUGCAAAGGCUGGUCAGGUUGAUCGGGCAAAAGAAGUAUAUAACAUGAUGCAUGAAUUUGACAUCAAGGGCACUCCUGAGGUUUAUACAAUUGCUGUUGAUUCUUGCAGCCAGACUGGGGAUUGGGAGUUUGCACGCAGUGUGUAUGAUGACAUGAAAAGGAAAGGCGUGGCCCCUGAUGAGAUGUUUCUCAGUGCACUGAUAGAUGUGGCGGGCCAUGCUGGAAUGGUGGAUGUUGCAUUUGAUAUCUUACGGGAAGCCAAGAUUCAAGGAUCACAACUUGGAAUUAUACCAUAUAGUUCACUGAUGGGAGCUUGCAGCAAUGGCAAAAACUGGCAGAAGGCACUGGAGCUGUAUGAUGAUAUGAAGUCCAUUAAAUUAAACCCAACAGUCUCGACCAUGAAUGCUUUGAUCACUGCCCUGUGUGCUGGGGAUCAACUACCUAAGGCUAUUGAAGUUCUGUCAGAAAUGAAGAGUUUUGGCUUGUGCCCAAACACUGUUACAUACUCCAUACUCUUAGUGGCCAGUGAGAGAAAGGAUGAUCUAGAGGUUGGGCAAAUGCUUCUUUCACAAACCAAAGAAGAUUGUGUUGCCCCUACUCUCGUUAUGUGCAAAUGCAUAAUUGGUAUGUGCUUGCGGAGAUAUGAGAAGGCUUGUGCUCUUGGACAGAAUGUUUUGCCUUUUGACUCAGGACGGCGGCAAAUAAAAAAUAAAUGGACAUCAAUGGCCUUGAUGGUCUACCGUGAAACAAUUGCAGCUGGUGAGAAACCUACAAUGGAUGUUGUUUCACAAAUUUUGGGAUGCCUGAAGCUCCCUAGUGAUGCUUCACUGAAAACCAGAUUAGUUGAAAAUCUUGGAGUUACUGCUGACUCAUCAAAAUAUUCUAACCUCUGCUCAUUGCUGGAUGGAUUUGGAGAAUAUGAUCCUUGUGCUUUUUCAUUGCUUGAGGAAGCUGCUUCUCUUGGAAUCAUUCCAUGUGUAUCCUGGAAAGCAAGUCCCAUCGUUAUUGAUGCCAAAACUUUGCAAAUUCAUGUUGCAGAGGUCUACCUCUUAAACAUUUUGAAAGGUCUCAAGCAUCGUCUUGCUGCUGGUGCAAAGUUGCCCAAUGUAACCAUUUUAUUGCCUAUAGAAAUGACAAAAGUCAAGAUUCUUGAAGGGGAAAAAAUGAUCAACCUUGCGGGAAGGCUUGGCCAGGAGGUUGCAUCUCUAUUGAGAAGGCUAGGGUUGCCUUACCAAGGGAAUGAAUCAUAUGGGAAGAUUAGAAUCAAUGGGAUUUCCAUAAGAAGAUGGUUUCAACCAAAGCUUUCUUCUCCUUUCAGUAGAAAACCGGGAGAGUUGAGCUCAUCCCAGUCGAGAAUAGGGAAAGGGAUCAUUCAUCAGCAGCGUAAUAUUCGAACCGGCAAUUUAUCUUUGGAAUAAGAGGAAGCAUAUUUAUUGCUGCUGAUAGGGAAACAAAUUUAAAGGAAUGAGUUAUACAAGUUCUUCCCUAGCAUGAGAUGACAUAUCAGUUUUAUGGAUGACUUAGUCUCAUUAUUAUGCCACGGCAAAAUUGCUGCCCUGGUCUUGGAUGGCUUUUGGAAAAUUUCGAAGAGAAAUUGAGAUCACCUUCUGUCUGAAGAUGUGGGAUACCUCCAGAGCAAUGUAAAUGCAGUAAAUAUAGCCUAAGAUUAUACCAUUUUCCGGCUGAAAUAAAAGAGUGUUGCAAUCUACGGUCACUCUUUGUGUCCAUUUUGAAGAGAAAAAAACAACACGUCCAUGCCUGCAAGCUGCAACGUGAAAGUGAGUGCAAGACUAUGAAAAUUGUUACAUCACAUAAUGUAUAAUAAUGACUGCCACUUGUACUAAGAAGACAUCAUCUGCCAAUGUACAUUGUCAAAUUUGAAGAUAUUAUCACAUAAUGUAUAUCGUUUUGCAAAUGCACAAACCAUAGUAGCCAUUUUCGGGUGAGUUUCAUAGUGUUAAGAACUGCAGAAAUGGAUACAAGUGAUAUCUAGUAAGAAUAUAAUAACCUUGUAAUAAUACCGCGUUUGUUUACUGAUGAAAUAAUAGUGAAUUUGGAACA